AUGUCUACAAAACAGCCUCGUACCCCAGAUCUCCUGGCUCAAGGCGAAUCUUGGGUGAUUGCAUCAACUGCUUCUCUGAAGCCAAACGAAGACCCCAUCAAAACUCCAAAUGCCCUGCAUAAAAGCAGCAAAGUAGCCACAAAGACAGCCGACCCUGCAUCAGAGUCACUGACCUCCUCGUCAUCAUCAUCAUGGGCCACAUCAGGCCCGGAGCUCAUCAUGCCCUCUAUCUGCGAAACGCCUACUAUAGAAGGGUCAUGGAUAGAAUAUGUACGGAGUCCGAAGCAGCAAAGCUCAGAAAGCAUAAGAAAACGACGCAAAGUUUCCUUACCGAAGAGUGCAAAGCAGCGAGAGCAGGACCGGACCUACGCUCGAGCUGGAGAUGCAAACGCUGGUUCGUCUGCAAAGACGACAACCAAACAAGCAGGCCAGGUUGUGAAGUCCAAGUCCAUCUGUCGUGGUCAUACUGCCCUCGCCCGGAAAGUAAUCAACGCAGUUUUGAUUGCCAUCAUCCUACACCUGUUGGUUCUCCCCGAGGUAGUCUAUCAGGCCAAAGACCUCUGCCGUCUCCCAAGCAUCAAGACUCUCUACCCCAACAGCUGCAUCACCCUCCCCAUGACAUACCCACUGCCCAGCGCCUACCCCCCAUCUGCAAUAACCCCAGAAGAAGUCCUCACAACCUCCCAGCACCAACUGGAAUCCAUAUUCGACACAGCCCUCGAAACCCUCACACCUCUCUCCGCAGUCCUCAAACAAAGCGAAAGCAUGCUCGCCGACCUAGAAUCGCAACUAAAAUCAACCUUCCCAGACGCUCACAACGCGCUAGACCUCGAAUUCACCGGCAGCAACGAAGCCGUUCAAACAGCAGUAUGGGAAUUCAACUCUCUACGCGCAGACCUGCGCUCAGCAAUCGACAGCCUACUCGCCUCACGACCAGCAAGUGAAAUAUUCGGCACCGUAGCUCUUGACACGCGACUCGCGAUCCAAAUGCGACGCCGUGAAGAGUACCUCGACCGACUUCGCUCUCAAAUCUGCAGCAAGGCAGACUCGCUCAACGCGCGUUUCAUAACACUAGACGACCACCUCGAAGCAGUGGACGGAAUCGUAGCACGCGAAGAACGACGAAGCCCAACAUUCCACAAGUACCGAUCCCCGUCUCAGGACAGCAACAGCAACCGGCUCUAUUCCGUGCUCGACUCGCUCCCACUAGGACCAUUCGGGGCAUUAUUGUUCCGGGGACGAUCGUCAGGAGGUGCAGAUGGCAAUGUAGUUGCAAGAAUGGAGUCGUCAUCUUCUGCCGUGUCCUCCACUGCAUCCACCGAGCCCACACACACACCCCGUCCCGCGGCAACCCUUGCUCUUCGGGUCGCGGCCACGCACCAUCAUCCCGUUGCUGACUCGGUUUCGCGGUUAUCACGCCAAUUAGGGGACGUGCGACGUGCAACUGGGGCAGGGUCCACUUGGUGA